CAGCAACGUGGUUUAUAUCCAAACAAUCAGCGGGAAAUUACAUUAAUUUACCGCUGCAGCCCGGGCAUCAUCGUCCUUUGAUCAACCCACCUCUUUUCCCUCGUUUCCCUCCUGCUUUAAGUCCAGUAGAGAGAGAGAGAGAGCGGGCGGGAUAUGUUAAAAGAGGAAGGCAGAAGAAGGGAGGCGAUGGGGAGACAGGAGUCAGCAGCGUGAGUUGGCUCAGGUCACCCUCGCAGUAAUAAGCCAGAGGGAAACACAGCAUGGACGCGGUUAGUGUGUGCAACAGCAGAUCAGGUUGUCCUGGACCCUACAGAUGCUUCAUGGGACGCUGAGGACGAGGACGAGAUGACCAACAUAUCGGUCUCCACGGUAACAGACUCAUACCCGUCCAUCGGCUGGUCGGCGGCUCCUGUGACCCCAGCGGUGAGGAACGUCACAGACUGGGAGCGUGAUGCCCUCCUGGCAGUGGCAGAGGUCGUGGUGCUGACAGUCAUCUUGGUGAUGGCGCUGCUUGGCAACGGACUGGUGCUGGUAGUGUUGCUAAGGCGGAGACAACACCACAACCCGCUGCACCAGUUCAUGCUCAACCUCUGUGUGGCCGACCUGGUGGUGGCUCUUUUUCAGGUGUUGCCGCAGCUCGUGUGGGAUGCUAAAGGUCUGUUUCCUGGGCCGGACUUCCUGUGUCGCCUGGUGAAAUACCUGCAGGUUCUCGGAAUGUUCAGCUCCUCCUACAUGAUCGUAGCCAUGACGAUGGACCGACAUUACGCCAUCUGCUGCCCCCUGCUGGCGCACCGCAGUGUGGCCACUCAACGCUGGAACAGCUUCAUUCUGCUGGCCUGGGGCCUGUCGCUGCUGCUCAGCCUGCCACAGGUUUUCAUCUUCUCCCGUUCAGAAAUUGCCCCAGGGGUCUUCGAUUGUUGGGGCAACUUCGCCGAGUCCUGGGGCCUCAAAGCAUACGUGACCUGGAUGACCCUGGCCGUCUUCAUCCUCCCUGCCUUCGCCAUCACGGUCUGCCAGGUGCGAAUCUUCAAGGAGAUCCGCAACAAUGUAUACCUGUCGGAGCGCCGCCUGUCCCCCGCCCCGCUGUCUCCAGCGAGACGGGAUAGCCAGAGAGGAGGAGGAGGAGGAGGCAGCGGAGGAAGCUCCAGUCUCUCCGUGUGUGUUUCACCACCCGCGCUCAACCGCUCCAGCAGCGACACCAGCUUCGACCCUGAACCCACCGGUCUGACCCUGCCCAUGGGUCCUCUCCAUCGUGAGAUUCACGGGGCGCCCUCCGCGGCCUUCGGCCCCCCGCCCAGGGGCCCCGCUGCCGGCGGUAGAGGGGUAUCAGCGGCCAUGUCGAAGACGGUGAAGAUGACGCUGGUCAUAGUGCUCGUCUACUCGCUGUGUUGGGCCCCUUUCUUCAGCGUCCAGCUGUGGGCCGCUUGGGACCCCAACCCGCCUCAGAAUGGUGCAGUGUUCACCCUGCUGAUGCUGCUGGCCAGUCUGAACUCCUGCACCAACCCCUGGAUCUACUCCGCCUUCUCCAGCAGCGUCUCUCUGGAGCUCCGCCUGCUGCUGCUCUGUCGCACCAACUCAAAGCGGCGGUCCUCGUUACCCAGCGACUCGACCACCACACACACAUCCAACUACUGAACAACACACACACACACUCAACACAAUCAGCGUGAAAGGAAGUACAGUCAAUGAACAGCAGUCUCACACCUUUCCCGUCCAGGUGAGACGGGGUGAUAAAAUCCAACUCCCAGCACCCCUUAGGUUCAGUGAUGCACACGUUAUGUCUUUCACGUUAUAUUAAUUCAUAAUAAAAACAAGAUUGUGUACCUGACAGGCAACCAGCAGAGACUGUAGGCUAGUUUCUUUUUUUCUUUUUUUUUUUUUAAAAGAGUCUGUUUUUUUCCCCCUGCAAAUUAAAGAAACAAGUUAGAUUGUGUUAAUAAGUGUUACCCUCAUUUGGGUAUGGCCAGUGGUUUUCCAGUAGACUAAACUAUGCUAAAGAGCUGCCCGCUGGGCAAGGAUGCCAUUACGGUAAACAAGGCUAAUUGUAUUUAAUUAUUGUAAAAGCAGGUGUUUGGCUAAAAAUGUUCUUGUUUUAUUCACAAAAAAUGAAAAUGAAGUUGUUUUUUAAGUUUAUUCAUUUUCUCAAAAGUUCAUACAUACAAAAAAACAUCCUCAAAAACAACAUUAUCCAUUUUACAGAAACUGCAAUUAUUUUUCACAAAAAUGUGCUGUGGUUCAACGGCCCCUUUUCCAGAACACUCACGACGUGACACGUCAAGGAACGGAAGACUGAAACUGAAAUCCUAAGAGUCAUAUUCUUUUUCAAAUAGUCGUAUCAAAGGACAAAUAACUAAAAGUUUGAGUGAAAUUGUAUCUAUGCAAAUUGAACUUGCCUUAUGAAUGACACUAUAUUUUGCAAUGCGUUUACUGUUACUGAAACCGGGCUUUAGGAAAUGUGACAGCAGGCACGUUCACACUCUACUUCCACUUAAAUAGGAACCCGUCCACCGACAUGAAAAUAACUUUGCAUUAAAUUCAUAUCCUUCUACUGUAGGAGUCUGUGUGCCCUCGGUACCGAAAUGACUCAUUUUAAUUUAUUUUAAUUUCUACUUUCAGAAAAACAUUGCAAUGAACUGGUUUCAAAAGGAAUACUUGCAUUUGGUCCGUAAAAUGACCAGAACCUCGUUAAACCUGCAAAACAUGAAGCCUACAGUGCAAACUUACACCCUUUCCACCAGAUUUGUAUUCACACUUUAAUCUAAAAGGUAAUAAAAAAUAGUGUUCCAUUACAGAAACAUAACAGCUGUACCUUUCAUUUGAGCAAUUUCAAUUGUCUUCAGAUUAUAAAAGGAUAAAGCAUA